UCCUCGUUUGCUCUGCUUUGCAAUAUACUAAUAUGAUUAAAUUUUUACAUUUUUUUUUUAUUAUUAUUUGCAAAUGCCAUGAUUUUUAUUCAGGGGAUCUUGUCGUGAAACUGUUUCCAGGAGCUCUAACAUUUAUUUGGACUCCUUUGUAAAAAAAUAGGAAUGGCCUUGGGUCACAGAGAUUUGAGGUAAUAAGUAUUUUUAUACAAAGUGGCUUUGUCUGUUUUGGCAAGAAAGGAGGGUGUAAGACUCCAUUCUUGACCACUUAUAAUAAAGCUUAGAAGAAUAAGAACGUUCUACGUGGGCGGUGAUUAAAAUAUGGGAUAACAAAAUUUAUAUUGUGAAGCAUUUCUUGUAUGUUUGUAUUCUUAUCCUGAGGAUAACUUGCAUGUCAAGCUUAACUAACCAGAUCAAUAAAGAUCUCUUUAUCUGAUAACUACAAUUAUAAUUACUUCUCAAUACUCGUGCUCACCCUCACCCGCAGACACUAGUAAGGCCAUGGGAGAGCUAUUUAUCGUCUUGUUUGGCCGCUUCUCACACAAAAUGGACUAUUAUCAAUAUCACAAACUUUUAAAUGAGAUUAUUACUUUAUCUUUUAAAUCAUCAUCCUACAAAAGUGAUUGUAUAUUACGUAUCAUUCUAAAAAUUUACCUUAAAAUGUCAUGCCGAAGAGUGAUCGCAUCAUAAACUCUGAUUCUUGUUAACUCGUUGUUGUCAACAGCAUGCGUUGUUAUGUAAAAGCUUUCUCUGGUGACUAUAUUUCCGAACUUUAAUGUAUUUAUCCGCACCGGAUUAGAAAAGAUGAAUUGGUAACAGUCCUGAGAUAACGUUUUAAUACUAAGCGAGUCAACACAACACUUCAUCUAUUAUUAAGCAGAUACAUGAUGAAACAAAGAGGCUAUUAAUUUCUCGUAUCAGUUCGAUAUAAAAAUUGACAAUAUGUAAGCCAUGACAUACCUUCGAACUCUUGUCAAUAGCUCAUUAUUUAACUGAACUGUUAUACUGGAUGUGUGAAGAAGUAUAUUUACGAUCUCACGUAAACCUGUUUAGUUAAAAAAUACACUUCUCAUUGUGUCAUUAGCUGGUGGAUCACAAUGAGUAAUGGUAGACGUAGUCCGUACAGUCCUAUUCAAAGGUUUCGUAGAGCAAGUCAAGACGAAGAUGCGAAGAUAUUUAAAACAUUCAAAGUAAUAUCACAGAAAGUUCCCAAUUUCUACCAGGCACGCAAUUCCGUUUAUCCGAUAAUUAAACCGUGGAAUUGGAUUAAGCGUGCUAGAGACUCACUACAAGCUGAAACCAAAUCUAAUUUAAUAUGUAAACAAAUACAGAACCUGCCCAUAGGAGUGCUGUAUGCUUUGUAUAAUGAAGAGAAGGGAAUACUCCGCUAUGUAUCUUCUCUUGACCUCGCUGUAUGGCAGUUAAAUGAGAAGGAGCUUAUGAAAUACGCCAAGGAAAACUUGAUCAAGAAGGUUGGUUUGAUUGAGAAGAAUGAACCUUUGUUUACCGAGACGCAGACAGGAGUUUUUUAUUGCAAUAAAUUAAACCAUUUGACGUCCUCGUUGUUAGCCGUGCCGGAUGUUUUUCACAUGAUUCCAUUAAAGUCGAACAAUUAUGUCGUGCUUUGCCCACAAUCGGACGUCAUUUAUGUGUCACAUUGUCAAGACCAAAGGGGACUAUGCAUAAUUGGGGAGCUCAGUCUGCGGUCUGCACGCUCCAAUACACUGCUAAGUUCAAAACCCAUCAGAAUAACAAAAAAUGGUUUGAAUCUAUACGAGGCAAGUAUUGUUCGAAACGAGGCUUCAGUACCAUGUAGUGAAGAUCAGUUGAAGACGUGCAAAAAAGCUGUUUUUAAAAAAUCAAGAAAAUUUUAAGCGGGAGUUCUUGGUGUAUAAAAAACUAAUGACAAUUUGUGUUCAAAAUAUAAGGAUAGCUGAGAGAUUUUGGAUUUGUAAAUAAGGUAAUCAAUAAAGUAAUUAAUAAACUAAUAAAUUAACAACAAAGCUGUUCUAAACCAUUUCUAAGAAUAAGAUUUUCAAGCAACCUUGUCUCCAGGGACUCUUGAUUUUAGUUGCUGACAUUUAGCAAAUAACUUUGUUUGAUUUCCAAUCAGGUAACGAGGCGUUGUUUGCUUUGACGUUUAAAAAUGAAAGUGAUGUGCAAAUUCGUCCCCAGGCUUGUUUAACAAAACCUAAAGCCAUAUAGAAAAUCUAACAAUUCUCGGGAACGAGGUUGAGAUAAGUUUAAUACUUGCUAACAUAUUUAGAAACUUUUAGCCAGCUUUCUAAUUACGGAGACUGUUGGCAAUGAACUCUAUAAUAAUUUUUUUGAUAAACAAAGUUUAUAUACAAUAUAUAAAGGAUGGGUAAUAAAAAUUUGUCUUUAAUUUUCUUUACACUGGGAAUGAAUUUGCUUUUCUUCUGCAUGAUUAGAAAAAAAUCGGGUAAUCGAGGCUAGUAUGAAUGCAAUGCAAAAAAAAUGUCAACAUGAUUUAAUAGAGGGUACUUAUAGAGUUGCGAAGUAACUUAAAUUUGUUUUCAAAAUUUAGAGAAAAAGAUGACUCUUCGAAAAAAAUAUCCGGAAAGCUUAAAAUUGUCUAAUUUUUGCGCGUACAGUAAAACCCUCUUAUGCGGACAUUCUUUAUAGAGUACACCACUCCACAACACGGACACUCUUCUCAGGAAUGGAUGGAAUGACAAUCAAACUGUCAUAACAAAACGUCUAUGUAGCGGGAAA